AUGACAGUUAUUUCAAAUACACCACUAUACCAAAAUGAAUUAAAUAAUCUACUAAAUAAAAAAAAUUAUUCAAUUUUUUCAAUAUCAGAAGAAUUUUCAAUUCAAAAUAUACGUGAUCCAAUAACAAUUAAAGAUCAAAUAAAUAAUCAAAAAGAAAAUUUUAAAAGAUUAAAAUUAAAUUAUAUUGAACAACAAAGUCAAGAAAAAUUCUUACAUAGAAUUGCUGAAUUAGAUUAUGAUGAGUUGGGGAAAUUUAAUGAUGAAUUUAAUAAAGGUUUAAUUAAAGAAACUAAUGAAUUGAAGUUACAGUUGAAAAAUUUAAAACUAGAAAUGAAUGAGAAAGUCCAGGAGUUAAAAGAUGAAGUAGAUAAAAUUAAAAUUACAUAUGAUUCAAUUCAAUUGAAACAAAAUGAUUUAAAAUCAACAAUUGAAGAAUUCGAAGUGAUUGAAAAAGAAUUUGAUGAUUUAAUAAAAGAAGAAAAAGAUCAAGAAUUUAAAGAUAUAAUUGAUCAUACUUUAAAUAUUGAUACUACUAUACAACUUGAUUCAAAUAUUGAAAUUUCAUCAUCACAAAUGAAUAGUCAAUUAAAAGAAAAUAUAGAAACUGAAUCAAGAGAUAUUGUUCAACUUUAUAAUACUAGAGAAACUGAAUUAAACAAUUUACAGAGUAAAGUAGAAAGUUUACAGAAUGAGAUUAAAGAAAAGGAGAACCUAUUAACUCAAUUAAGAAUUAAUAGUGGUGAAAUUUUAGAUCCUCAGAAUAAAAAGAUUAAUAAUUAUGUUUUAUGGUGUGAGGAUAUGAUAAAAAUUUUAACUAAAAUGAAUCAAUAA